AUGAAGAAAGUAAUCCUUCUGUGGCAAGGGAGUAUCACCGACCACGAUGCAGCACUCCAAUUGGUUCUAAUUAUGGACUAUAUCGUUGAUUGGGCGCGUGAUAUCUACCGGCCCAACAUCAUUAGACAACUGAAGUCUGUAGUAGACAAAGGUCAGCAAUCAUCCUACACAGUCACCGCAGACCCCGAUAUCCUCUCAAGGACUGGUUAUGCAAACUCUCGGAUUGGCGAUGGACCUUUGGCUGCUAUCAGCAGAGCUGGAACGGCUGAGAUGCUUGCGAAACCAGCCUUCGAUGCGAUAAACUCCACUAUUGUGCCUUCUUUCGAACCCCUCUUUAAGAGCACUGGAGAUCAUAUCGAUAUCAGGGUCUGGGACAGCGCCAAGUACGAGUCACGAGUACGAGGACUGUAUAUCACCGAAACCGAUGAUGAUGCUAAGAAAAACUUCAUGGGCGCGGGCUGGGAAAGAUUGAGAACGGUUCAUGCGAGCCGCUGUUGGUUCUUCUUAUCAAGCGCCCAGGGACUCAGGAUCAUCGAGCAAGCAUGGACCGGCCUCCAAGACAGCAAGGACGUCCAAGAUUUUCCGGAGCAGAAGAUCUUGGUUUCGCUUUAUGUGCGAUACCGCAAGGACAGUGACGGUGCACCCAUUCGAGAAUUGACGUAUAUUGCGCUCACUGAGUCGGUCGCCCAGGACAGGUGGAAGAUGAAAGACAUAUUAGCGCAGAAAGAGCUAGAUGUUCGCGCCGACGAAGUCGAGUUCAAGCUACGUGAAGCCUGGGCUUCAAGUCCCGAGAGCUACUUUCGGCGUUACGCUAGCGACCAGACUAACGUGCUUUGUGCCACCGCAUCUGAACAAGAAAAACUGGAUGGUCGUGUCGUCCUCAGCUUCCACAGUGACAGCGAGGUCGCGCCCUGGGCAAGAAGACUGGAUGAAUUCAUCAAGCGCACUUGCGAAAACCCACGAGCGGUACUUCGCAAAACUUACGCACCAUGUUUUCGAUACACGAAGGCUAUCCAUUCUCUUACCGUAAAGCCCUAUUGUAUCUCAGACUCUACCCAGGACUGUGUUUUCAUAAACGCAGCAGCGAUCAUAAACACAGCAGAGAAGUCCACUGGAAUAUGCGCCUAUAUCACGAAUCGAGCAUCUGAAGAGGUCGACGCUACAUGGGUAAUCCAACAUCUCGUGAAAAUGGUAACCGUUUUUUGGGACAGCAGACGACGAGAGCAAGCUUGGGAAACCCCCUUUUAUGUAAAAGUGAAAGAAAGAGAAAAGACCUUCUAUCCGGGAUUACGAAAUGCCGACAAUGAUAUCCUACUCUGGAUUGUGUCAGAUCCUCAAUGGGAUCUGUACGCUGCGAUCAAGUCUACGUUGACAAUGCCUGGUAUGGACCAAGUCCACGAACGUCUGACAUGGUUCCGCAAAGUGUUGCUCAGACACAAAUGUGGAACAGCUUCUUCAAAUUUCGCCCGCAUAACUUGUAAACUACCGACUCGCUUUGCCCUUUCCUACUUCGACGACAACCACGGUGUGACCUUACCCCGCCACUAUACAAACGACCAAAAAGCCAUCCUUCUGCGCUUCACUCCCUACCGCAAUAACAACACAUACGACCUCACCAUGCUAUCGCAAAUGCACACCCGCCUCCAAUCAUGGUGGCAACAAACACCUUUACCAGCAGCUGCCGCAACACCUAACUUCCAGAAGUGGCAUGUCUUUGACCAAGACCAGUGGGUUUCAUUUGCCAGCGACGAAGCCACUCAGCUUGGCAUCAAACACCAAUGGGCGGGCUCAUUCCGCCUCGUGAGUUGGAACGUAAACGCCGAUGCACCUGUAUCAAAGACUCGUAUGUCUGCAUUACUGCGCGCCAUCGAGACUACAGGCGCUGCAGACGUUGUUUUCCUGCAAGAGGUAUCAAGAGAAGGUCUUACAGCACUGCUUGAAGAUUCCUGGACACAGCAGAACUGGUACAUAAGCGAUGUCAAUGCCUCGGCGUUUGGAAACCAAAAGUUCAUCAGCAUCACAUUGGUAUCCAAGCCCUGGGUAGUCACCCAUGGUAUCCAGCUGGGCACAAUCUGA